UGGCAUAAAUACUCAAUAUGUCCAAAUGUGAACACUGGUGGAGUUUGGGGAAAAUAAACCUUGACAUUUGGGAGUUGUAGUUGCUGGGAUUUAUAGUUCACCUACAAUCAAAGAGUCCCUUGAACCCCACCAACGAUAGAACUUCCCACACAGAACCUUCAUGACCAACAGAAAAUACUGGAGGGAUUUGGAUUCCUAAGACCAUCAGAAAUAUGUGUUUUCUGAUGGUCUUUGGCGACCCCUCUGAAACCCCUCUCUCGACCCCCCAGGGGUCCCGACCUCCAGGUUGAGAAGUGCUGCAGUAGAGAGACCCCAACAGUCAAAGAUUUGGAAGCCAAGUCAUAUGUGGAGUGGCUGAGAGAGCUCAGUGUGUUUAGCUUGGAAAAAAGUUGAAAGUUAUGCUUUAAUAACUGAAAAUAUGCCACAGUGAGGAGUGGGCAAGCUUGUUUUCUGCAGGUCUAGACACUACGACAUGGAGCAAUGAAUUCAAAUUGCAGAAAAAGUGAUUCCACCUUAACAGUAGAAAGAACUUCCGGAUGGUCAAUGCUGCCUGUCAUUGUGGAGUCUUUUUCUCUAUGAUUAAUUGUAUGAUUAGAUCAGAUCCUUUUUGAAAUCUAUGUUGAGCAAUUUCACAGAAGUAUUUUGUCAGUUUGGUUCCGAGAACAUUGUGCAAAGUCCCCCUCUCCCCACCCCAUGAAGACGGAAGAAGUUUCUGCUUUAUACAUUCUGCUCUCUGACAAGGUUCAUAUCAGAGUUUCUCAGAUUAGGCAGCCAGAGUUACCAUGGCUGACUACUGAACACCACCACAAAUUGUCUUCAUCACUACCAGGAUGGAUUUCAAAAAGUUUUCAGAGAAGAAUGGCAGUUGAUAGGUGGAUGCAGCUGUGCAACCAGGCAUUUCUUGGGGCUUCUCUGCAUGGAAAUCUAAAUGAAACUCCUUAUUCUACAGUGACAGACACAAGGUGCUUUCCUAAGGCAGAGAAGAUACUGAAAAUAUCUGACUAGGAACACAAGAUGUCUGAUUACGGCAAUGCUUCAGCAAACCCUUCACCUGAAACUUUGCUGGAGCUUACGGAAUUUAAAAAGAGACAUGGGCAGGUGUAUUGAGUAGCUGCUUUUUCCUCUUUGGAGUUUCUCCUUCCCUGAAUGAGAACAUAUUCCAUCGUGUGGUUUCAGCAAUAGGGGGUCCGUAUGCUAUCUCCAACUGCUCCAUCUAAAACAAAGUCUUUGCAUGAAGGGAAAAACAGUUUCUAUAAAGCAUUUCUAUGUAAUUUAUCUAAUUCUGACCAAUUGGACAACAACAAAAUAUUCCUUCCUGCCAUAUGUGCAAAUGACACUUCUGGAACAAUAAAAGACCUCAAUAUUAUAACAGUUAUAUUCUGUAUUUUGGGACUUCCUGGAAAUGGAAUGGUCAUCUGGCUUCUUGGCUUCAGAAUUAAGAGGAAUAAUUCCACCACCUACGUCAUGAACCUUGCCAUUGCUGAUUUUGGUGUCCUCAUCUUCCUGCUUAGCAUGGCUAGCUCUGUCAUACACUCGUGCGAUGGCUAUCCUGUUACAAAGUCUUCCUUUCAAAUAAUCCGUCAACUAGUUUUCUUCACUUAUUCUUCUAGCCAGUUUCUGUUGGCAACUAUCAGCAUUGACAGAUGUGUGGCUGUUCUCGUCCCACUCUGGUAUCGAUACCACCGCCCCCCACGUUUAUCCAUCAUAGUUUCUAUCCUUAUCUGGUUAGUCUCCUUUCUGCUUGCUGUAAUCCACUUAGUUCUUCUUGAGACCCAGAGUUUAGUUUUUUUCUACCACCUUUUUGUGAAUGUCCUGCUUUGCACACCCAUCAUGGUCAUAUGUACUUUCAUUCUGGUCAUCCAGAUCUGUUAUAAACCAAAACAACACCUGCGGCGAAAGCUUGCCACAGCCAUUUUAUUCACACUCCUCUUUUUUGUCCUCUUUACUUUCCCAUUUAACAUGAUUUAUAGCUUUGAAGAAGCACAUGAAAACAAGUGUUAUAAAAUUACCACCAUGACAUUCAUUUGCUGUGCCUUUGCUUCUCUGAACAGCAGCAUCAACCCCCUGAUCUAUUUCUUAGUUGGAUGGGGUCGAAUGAUGGGUAAGGUCAAGAUUUCCAUGAAGGCGGCACUUGAAAGAGUUUUCAGGGAUGAGCAAGACAGUAGCAGAGAAGAACAAGCUAGCACAGGAGAAACCCAUAUAUAAGGAUCCUUUAUGUGUAAUUUUUUAAAAAAAAACAAAUAAUGCUUUAAUGUUAUGUACUUCCAGUGCAAAAGACUGCUCUUUAUGCACCCCAACCGUGCACAGAUUUCGGAUCGAUUGAAUCCCCCAUUAUAGCAUUUCCUGGGCAGGAAUAAAUGUUUCUAUAUUGAAGUAUUAUUUUUCAGCCAGAAAAUGUUGUUUUGUUUUGUGGAAUAUGAUAUUUUGUGCACGAAACAAUUGUGUGUAAAUUUUGCACAGAUGUAGUCCUGAAUUACAAGGAUUAUCAAUCACUUAAAACUCUUCUUAUUGGAAUAACUCAUUAAUAUUUUUAAUAUGCUUUUCAUGCCUACUUUCAUGAAACUUUCAUCCAACAUAUAUAAACACAAUUUAAAUAAUUAGAGAUAAAGAUUGCCUAUCUCUACCUUUGAAUAUAUACAAAUGUAAACAUUCCCAUGGUGUGCAUUUCUCAUCCACUUCUUAAUCAGUAGUUCACAUUUAACUUUUCCCUAAAAUGUUGAACCUAAAAUAUAUGAUGCAAUCCACAAAAAUAAAGGAUUAUCUAUCUACAUGAAAUUGUUCUUUAUGUAGAUGAGAAAAAUUCUUGGCUGAGAUGAUCCUUAGACCAUUUUUUUAUUUCAUUUUUUUUUUGUAAAGGGGAGACAGCAACACCAUGUAUUUCACUCCUAAAGCAGGUAAUGAUAGAAUAACAUCCACUUUUUUAUCGUGUCAGAAGCAACUUGAGAACAUACUGCAAGUUGCUUCUGGUGUGAAAGAAUUGACCACCUACAGAGAUGUUGCACAGGGCACGCCCGGAUGUGUUAGUUGAGAGGCUUCUCAUAUGUCCCUGCAAGCUAGAGCUGACAGAUGGGAGCUCUUCCUGUCUUGCGGAUUCAAGCCGGCAGCCUUCAGGUCAGUAACCAAUCCAUCCUUCAGCCGGCAAAAGAGUUUAACCCAUUGUGCCACUGCGGCUCCCUAAAUAAGGUAAUGGUAAGCCCUUUUAAAACAAAUCUUGCAAAACAAACAGGCUAUGACGAGUUAGGACUGUCAUAACAUUAUUACCAUUGAAACUCCAGAUUUCUUCACCAAAAGUUAAUGAAGAAACUACAGUUUGUGAUGAAACUGGAUUACUAUAGUUCUGUAGCCUAUUUAAAGUUUGGGCACUGACAGCUACUUUCUUCUUUUUAAGUAUUGUUUCAAUUUCAGUUGGCAUAUCCACAUAUUCCAAAACGGAUUUUUUUACAUAACGUAUACAUAUUUCUCCAUAGCCAUUCUUUGACACAUAUAUUUAACAAAUUAACAUAUAAUGCAAACUGUUUUAAUCAUUAAAUAUUUUUUUUACUAUUCACAUUUAAUAAUUCAAUGUUUAAUUCUAUUUUAGUCUGUGUAUGUGUUAAGGUUUUUAAUUUUACAGUGUAUUUUUUGGAUUGUUAGCCACUUUGAGUUUCUUUUAAGGAAGGGAAGUCAGAUGUAAUAAGAACAAGAACAAGAACAACAUCAGCAACUAACGUAUGACAUAUAAACUGACAUUAAAUAACUAACUGGAGCUACUAAUGGGAGCUAGCUAUAGGGAGCACACAAUGCCCCUAUUAAAGCAGCUCCACAGGUUGCCAAUAAGUUUCUGAUCUCAAUUCACACUGUCCUCCUUUUGUAGGGAUCUGAAGAUGUGACUUUUCAAAUGAGCUUUUGAGAAUGCUUAGUCCCUAGUUGAUCUUCACAAUUAUUAUGCAGCCUUGCACUUCAUCCCAUGCCCUCAUGCCAUGGUUACAGCUUUGCACUUAUCCCAUUCCCUUGUCCUAUUGUUUACAGCCUGGCCAAGUUUACAGUAGCUCACCGCCACUGAUUGAUUGCUUUUUUUACAUUGAGUUUACAUUGAGUUUUCGGUUGUUGUAUUAUAUAUCUAUAUGUUUUAUUCAAUUGUAUUUUAGUUUAUGUCCUAUUUUUAGGCACCUUGUGGCAUGUGUAAGUCCCUUCGGGGAGAUAGGGGUGGGAUAUAAGAACAAAGUUAUUUUUGAUAUUAUUAUUAAAUUAACAUAAAAUGAGUGACUUUCCAUGUUCUUAUUACAAGAUUAUGUUCAUAUUUAAUCUAAAGUCCAAUUAAUUCAUGAUAGGUCUUUAAUCCUACAUCUUAUUGUAAUGUUAUUUUUCUUUUUUCUUUGAUUAUUUAAUAAUAAUAAUAAAACUUAUAUAUCAUUCUCCUGUUGUUAUCUUUUCACCCUCUUUCCUUAAAUAUGUAAUUAAUAGAUCCCAGAAUUGCAUGAAAGCUAUUUUUCCUUCAAUACCAUAAUUAAUUUAUUUAUCCCUACCAUCAUAUACAUUGUGACUAUCCAGUUUUCCAUGUUUGAUAUUCUUUUAUUUUUCCACUUUUGUGUUUAUAUGAAUCUUGCUGCCAUUGUGAUGUAUGGAAAACCUUUUGCUAUUUAACUUGAUUGUCAAACAUUUCUAAUAAAAAGAGUUUUGGACUUUGGAAUACUUGCUACUUGCCUGGUUUAUUGGCAUGACUGAAGUUCUGUUUUCUAUAUAUUUUAUUCUUUUCCAACUCAUUAACAAAUAAAAUACGGAGCACCCAGUGGUGCAGUGGGUUAAACCCUUGUGCUGGCAGGACUGAUGACUUUGAAGGUUGCCGGUUUGAAUCCAACCCAGGGAGAGCGUGGAUGAGCUCCCUCUAUCAGCUUCAGCUUUACGUGGGAACACGAGAGAAGCCUCCCACAAGGA